AGCAUGGCGGCUUCCGCGGGUUCCUUUUCUGCUGGCGGCUCGGCGGCCUUGCGGAUGCCGCGGUCGCCGCCGCUCAAGGUGCUGGCGGAGCAGCUGCGGCGCGACGUGGAGGGCGUCCCGGGAGCGUGGCGGCUGUCGCGGGCGGCGGCGGACCGCGAGCCGCUGGAGCUGGCGGCCGUGUGGAUGCAGGGCACGGUGGUGGCGGCGGGCGGCGGCGAGGCGCGGCUGCGGGACCCGAGCGGGGCCUUCUCAGUGCGCGGCCUGGAGCGGGUGCCGCGCGGGCGGCCCUGUCUCGCCCCAGGGACGUAUGUGAUGGUAAUGGGAGUGGUUCAGGCCUGCAGCCCUGAGCCCUGCCUACAGGCUGUGAAGAUGACAGAUCUUUCUGAUAAUCCCAUCCAUGAAAGCAUGUGGGAGCUGGAAGUAGAAGACUUACACAGGAAUAUUCCCUAG